AUGACUCCCAGCGCGCGCAGAUGUCGCCCAAUCCACUAUUUCGGGGCAGCUUCAUUGCUAUCAACAUUAGUAGUCACGGUCCUCGACGGCGUAUGCCUCGCCUCCUCCCGAUUCUCUCCUUCUAAUACCUCUACAAUCGAGGCCGCUAUCCUCGGUCUAGGUGCGAUCAGCUGCGGGACACUGAUCGUAUUACUCGUGCUGUGGACCCUCGACGUCGAGAAUAAUACAUUACAACCAUGGAAGAACUGGAGGGCCAUUACGUACGGCGCCGUGAUUACCUACCUCGCCAUCGCAACAGCCACAACCGCAGCCCUACUCGCAUGGUGUGCCGUCCAGUUCGCAACCGAGACCAGCAACACAGCGGAGCACCAGCGCCGGCAGCCUCUUAUGAUCUCCCGCUGCGUCAUGUGGGCCAUCUCCGUCAUGGCCCAGGGCGUCCUAGGCGGAUACCUCCUGACGGGCCUGAAGAGCCGAGGACGUCGUUCGAGCCGAUGGCCCGGCUCCGCCACCCACGAACUGACCCGGUUUCCCAACCGAUCAACCUCCAGAGCGCGGGCAUCGAGACCGCCGUCAUCAAAUACAGACUCGCUGGAGCACUCCAAGGAAAGCUACGACGUGCUCCCUCCCCAGCAGCAGCAGCAGCAGCCCACCGCGUCCAGCGCUGCCUCCCGCCGGUCGAACCGCUAUUCCGGCCGGACACUCUACCGACACGACUCGAGGCGCGCCUCUGCAUCCUUAGACCUGAAACUCGAUCUCAACUGCCCGCGUUCGAUAUACGCCAGCCCCAGCGUAACCCCAGAUUUUUUCGACGCGGACCGCGACAGCUGCGUCACCAUCGUCGCCGAUCACCGUGGGAACGAGCUGCUAAACCAGCGGCCGUCCUGGGACAAGACACCGUUCCAGACAACCACGGCAACGUCAUCUUCAUCUCCAGCAUCAUCAUCAACAACAACACUAGCAUCAGCACCCCAACCAACACAACCAAACGCACCCCCAAAAGCAGUGCUCCCCACCCUCGUCUUCCCAGACGAAAGCAACAUCCACCCUCUCUUCCGACCCAGCAGCUCCUCGCCACCACCGACACCCACGCCGGGGACCAUCGUGGUCGCGUCGCCCAAUGCCGGCCAGACCAUCACGAUGAAGAUGCUGACCCGCGUGCGAUCCAACCGGUCUACUCAUUCCCUCUACCGGCAGCACCACCACACCCCCCGCAGCCGGUCGCCGCUGUUUGAGCGGAUGGAUCAGGUAGAUCGGGAGCGUAUCGACCCGGGGCGGAGCACGACUAGUACUCCACAACUAGUAUCAUCGUCUUCGUCAUCGUUGUUGUCGGCUGUGUCUGGCGAUGACCAUACCAACAACAAGAGCAUCCACUCGAGCCACCAAGCAGAUGAAACGCAGAUCCCCGGAUUCAUCAUGGCAGCCGACGUGCGGAGUAGCAUCACGCGGUACGAGAAGAAGCACGAGCUGAGCGAAUCCCCGCAGGAGAGCUGA